AUGCAGUUCUCCCACGCUCUCAUUGCCCUCGUUGCUGCCACUCUGGCCAACGCUCAGCUGCCCAACGUCCCCGCCUGCUCGCUGAACUGCUUCGUCACUGCCCUGACCACCGAUGGCUGCUCCGAGCUGACCGACUUCGCCUGCCACUGCCAGAAGACCUCUCUGGUCAGCACCAUCACCCCCUGUGUGCAGAAGGCCUGUCAGGUCUCGGACCAGAUCUCCGUCUCCAACGCCGUUGUUGAGCAGUGCUCUUCCGCCGGCCACCCCAUCGUGGUCCCUCCCAUCGAGACCACCUCGGCCUCCAGCAGCUCCUCCGCCUCCGCCAGCGAGACCACCUCCAGCUCCGCCCCGGCUGAGACCAGCGCCACUGCCACUGCCACUGCCAGCGGCAGCUCCAGCGCCUCCGAGUCCUCCUCCGCUACCGGCUCUGCCACCGCUAGCUCCAGCUCCGGCUCCGGCGCCAGCUCCAGCGGCGCUGCUUCUUCCACCCCUCUGGCUACCAAGACUGGCUCUGCCUCUGCCUCUGCCAGCUCCCCUGCCUACACUGGCGCUGCUGCCAACGUCAAGGGCAACAUGGCCGGUGUCGCUGUCCUCGCCGCUGCUGCCGCCUACGUCCUGUAA